AUGUUUGGGCUCACUUCGGAGAGAGCCAGGCCCAGCCGUGCCGAGCCGUGCCGAGGGUCCAAGUCCCGGUCCAUGGCGGUCCAGGUGCAGGCAGCAGCCCGGGAGCACGCCCUCGCCGUCACCCGCGACUUCAGCAGCAGCCCCCGGCUGACCUACCGCACGGUGUGCGGCGUCAACGGGCCCCUCGUGGUGCUGGACAACGUGAAGUUUGCCCAGUAUGCCGAGAUCGUGAACUUCACGCUGCCCAACGGCACCAGCCGCAGCGGGCAGGUGCUGGAGGUGGUGGGCUCCAAAGCCAUCGUCCAGGUGUUUGAAGGAACAUCGGGCAUCGAUGCCAAGAAAACCUCCUGCGAGUUUACCGGGGACAUCCUGCGGACACCGGUGUCUGAGGACAUGCUCGGUCGUGUCUUCAACGGCUCCGCCAAGCCCAUCGACAGCGGCCCCCCGGUGAUGGCCGAGGACUUUCUGGACAUCAACGGCCAGCCCAUCAACCCCCACGGGCGCAUCUACCCCGAGGAGAUGAUCCAGACCGGCAUCUCGCCCAUCGACGUGAUGAACAGCAUCGCCCGCGGCCAGAAGAUCCCCAUCUUCUCCGCCGCCGGCCUCCCCCACAACGAGAUCGCCGCGCAGAUCUGCCGGCAGGCCGGCCUGGUGAAGAAGUCCAAGGACGUGAUGGACUACCACGAGGACAACUUCGCCAUUGUCUUUGCGGCCAUGGGGGUGAACAUGGAGACCGCUCGCUUCUUCAAGUCGGACUUCGAGGAGAACGGCUCCAUGGAGAACGUCUGCCUCUUCCUCAACCUGGCCAACGACCCCACGAUCGAGCGCAUCAUCACCCCGCGCCUGGCACUGACCACGGCCGAGUUCCUGGCGUACCAGUGCGAGAAGCACGUGCUGGUCAUCCUGACGGACAUGAGCUCCUAUGCCGAGGCCCUGCGGGAGGUGUCGGCAGCCAGGGAGGAGGUGCCCGGGCGCCGCGGCUUCCCCGGCUACAUGUACACCGACCUGGCCACCAUCUACGAGCGCGCCGGGCGCGUGGAAGGCAGGAACGGCUCCAUCACGCAGAUCCCCAUCCUCACCAUGCCCAACGACGACAUCACCCACCCCAUCCCCGACCUGACGGGCUUCAUCACCGAGGGGCAGAUCUACGUGGACCGGCAGCUCCACAACCGGCAGAUCUACCCCCCCAUCAACGUGCUGCCCUCCCUCUCCCGCCUGAUGAAGUCGGCCAUCGGGGAGGGCAUGACCAGGAAGGACCACGGCGAUGUCUCCAACCAGCUGUACGCCUGCUACGCCAUCGGCAAGGACGUGCAGGCGAUGAAGGCGGUGGUCGGGGAGGAGGCGCUGUCGGCCGACGACCUGCUGUACCUGGAGUUCCUGCAGAAGUUCGAGAAGCAGUUCAUCACCCAGGGGCCCUACGAGAACCGGAGCAUCUUCGAGUCGCUGGACAUCGGCUGGCAGCUGCUGCGCAUCUUCCCCAAGCAGCUGCUGAAGCGCAUCCCCGAGACCAUCCUGGCCGAGUACUACCCGCGCGAGGCCAAGGCUGCGGGCCAGCAGACAGCCAGCACGGCACUGUGA